AUAAUUUAGGAUAUUACUAUCGAUUCUGAAGAUUAACUUUUUCAUUGCAGUGGAAUGAUGCCUGAAGAACCUGCAUAUGGUACAAAUAAAUAAUUCACAAAGCUGCUUUUCGAAUAGACCCAUCUCAACCAUAUCCGAUGACUUGUCAAUUGACGAUAAUAUAAAGUCGGGCAAAUACAAAAGCGCCGAGGUCGCAUUUGAUUGUGAAGUACCGUUUUUGUCGCAACAACGUACAGACUCCCAAACUGAGUGCAUCGUUGAUUCCGAGUGCAGCACUGACAGUGUUGGUUUACGCUUUUUAAAGCCUCCUCCUAAACAACGCAGACUUAAAAAGAAGCGGAAGAAAUCGAUCGAAAAAUGCUCGAAGCUAAAUUUUCGAAAGAGCAGCGUUAAGACGAUUGACUCGAUCCCGGCCUCUAUUCCGGAGGAGAAUUCUGAAGACGUGAUAAGUUCCGAUCCGGACAUAGAAACGGUGGAGUAUGUAAAGAAUAGAGAAUUGGAAGUGGAAGAGAAGAACCAGAACACAGUCCACUCUGUCCACCAGAUAUUUUCUGAGCUUGAUGAACUGGUCUUCGAACGAGGGGAAAACGUUUGGGAGGAAAAGGCAAGAUGGAUGAAAUUCGAGCAGGACAUCCAGAGAGGAGCCGACAAAUGGAGCAAACCUCACGUAGCCACACUCAAACUCCAGUCUAUAAUAUCACUGAGGAAGUGCAUUUCUCAAGGAACCGUGUUGUUGGGAAUGAAGGCAUUUAACCUCGAAUCAGUGAUUGAGAUGACGCUUGACAGAUUAGUGUCACGUGCUCUGAUCACGAGCAGUGUGGCAGUGCAACUGCGCACACUCCUGCUCAAGCGUCAUGUUCACACUGGGGAACAUCAACAAGAGGGGGUACUGAAGUUCAGAUACCACAAGGGAAAAUUUAAGAACGGUAUUUUAGCGCGUAUCUCCGAAGGGUUAUCACCGGAGGUGUCACCGUCAGCUAGUGGAAUCAACUCCAGGACCAACUCUGAACAGGACCUCGUCAAGAUGAAGCAACACUUUCUACGGAAGUUACCGCCUGACACAGAAGCGAGCAAUGUGAUGAUCGGGAAACUGGAAUAUUUGGAAGCUAACAUCUGCGUUACAAUCAGGUUGUCUCACUCAAUCUUGCUCGGAGACCUGACUGAAGUUCCUAUUCCUACUCGGUUUAUAUUUCUCCUGCUUUGUCCGGACCAUUCCCAAAUUGACCACGUGGAAGUUGGCCGGGCUGCUUCUACACUAUUCUCUGACGAGAUGUUUUAUGAGGCAGCAUACUCAGCUUCCAGCAAAGCAGAAGUGAUUCAGGGAAUUGACCGGUUUCUUGAGAAGGCAAUAGUGAUCCCACCAAGUGAGUGGAACCCCAAGAUGAAGAUAACAGUACCGGAGGAAGAGGAGGAUGUAGAGGAGGAAGAAGAGGAUUUAAAUAGUGGACCAGAUGUUGCUUUCUACGCCCAUGUCAAACCGUUUGGAGGGGUGUUACACGACUUGAAUGCACUGAAAUCUCGUUAUCGGAAAGAUUGGAUUCGAGUGAUACGGCUACUCCCACUGUUGGCAACUCUCCAAUUCAGUGUUCAACUCCUGUGUCACACACUACUCCUUAUUCAACUUGCUUCUCCCCAAAUACGUUAUCCCGUAUCGCUGACGCUGAUAGGAGUUGGAGUUAUGGGUAUGGUCACCUCCCUGGCAUCCUGUGUACCUCUGGUUGUAUGCUCGGUCUCCCUGCCCGUCAUCCUCUGGGAGAUAGCUUUCAGUUCUGUCCUCUCGAAGUUUGGAGUUUCUUACGCCACAGUCCGACCUCUUCUCGGUGUUGUAUCAGGUGUACUACUGAUGGUGUCCUCUGUGCUAAAUGCCGGUAAUCUCCUGCCCGCUGUCAGCGUGUUUGUAUAUGAGACAGUUAUGACUGCUUUACCACUCUCCCUGGUCAUCACCAUCCUCCUUAUGUUGCUCAGAUAUCCACUGGAAUCUAAUCUAUUACUCUGCUCGAUUGUGUUAACCCUAUUCACUGUGGUGUUCUUGAAAAUCUGGCAAGCCAUCACCGACAGCACCAUGUUCACCAAAAAGAUAAGAGCGGUGUUGAAGACCCUCAACCUCUUCACCCUGAUCUUCAUCACCUUCUUCCUUGUUUACUUCACAUCCCUGGAGACCUCCCCUUACCCUACCCGGGACACGACAGCUCUCUCAAAACUGACUGAAAGCUUCUUUGAUAAGCCCCCGGCUCAGGUUGUAAACAGUAACUCAACUCAACUUAGGAAUGUUCAGUAUGGAAAUAACAUGACUGGUAAUUUCAGUAAAAACAUUCCGAUACAGAUAGGAUAUCCCGCGUUCCCAGCGGAAGUAGGAGUGGUAACAGCUGGUGUGGUAUCAGGAGUUCUGCUGACUGUUUUAGUGGUCCUGAUGUUAGGAGUUGUUCAGAGCUGGAUUAACCAGCCCAACCACCGAGUUAGAAAGUUCAGUGGACGGUUCUGGGACCAGUGUCUUGUUGGAAUGGGAGUGUUGUUUUCCGGAGUGUUCGGUCUACCGUUCCUGAUACCGGAUCUGAUUCUAACCCCUAUUCUGCUGCACUUGCUCUCAAAGACCUCUGUAACAAACCAGGAUAUGUUGUAUGUGAAGGAGCAGCGAGCCACCUUGACACUCAGUUCCUUGACCAUGAUAAUUCCAUGUUUAUUGGCGUUUAAACUUCACCUUGCUGUUCCGUUACCACUUUGCUGGGGAGUGAUCCUAUUUUCUAGCAUCCUUGGACUUCGCCACACUCAGUUAUUCGAGAGAUGUAAAAUACUACUGCAGUCGGAGAAAUACCACCCAGAAAAAGGAUACGUCGCAAACACUCCCCAAAAAGUCAUAAAUUCCUUCACCAUUUUACAGAUAGUGCUGACGUUAGUACUGGUGAUCGUCCUGGUUACCCCUUACACUUGUGUGGCACUACCUGUGGUACUAGUCCUCCUUAUCGUCAUGAGGAGACAGCUGCUACCUCUUGUUAUGUUCGAUGAACAGAUCAGUCUCUUAGAGGAAACCACCUCUCCUGAUCCUGCCCCAAUGGAAUCACCCUCUCCCUCUCUUUCCAACAUAGCAGAGUUCUCAGAGGAGGUUUCUAAACUAACAGACGAGUGCUCCAAACACCACGCAGCAGUCCCCAGGAUUAUAUUUGACAAUCUGACAGAUGAUGAUACGCUCUGCACCAAGGCCAAUAGGCCGAGCUGUCGGGAAUUAACAUUCCCCGCUGCUGCCCAAAACAGAGAACACAAGGAUUCGGAGCCCGGACGAGUGCCCUCUCCGCCUAUAAGGAUAUCUCUAGACGAGGGUAGCCACACCCACAGCUACGACUUCCUGGGGAUAGCUGGUGGUUCAAACAACAACUUCAACUGCCCUCUGCCCUUCGAGUCUGAUCAGGAGGCACCAGUUAGAAGUAUGGAACCUUGUAAUUACGGGUACACCUACGAAUACGAUCAGCAGGGCUCAGGGUCACUAGGAUUCAUAAUUCCUCACUAGCGAUGAAGAUUAUAGUUAGGAAGACAUAAGACUUUAGUGUGUUAGCGAGGCUAGGCUAAGUUUAGCGAUUAAUAAUAUUAUAUAUUUUAAUCUAAGAAUAUCUAUUAACACAUUAUUUUUACCUAUUUUUUCUAUAAUUUUAGGAAGAAUCGUUUAACUUUUAUGGAACGGUAUACUAUUAAAUAGAUAGGGUAGGUAGGUUAUAUUUAGCUACUUUUGUGAAGUGUGGCAUAAAACAUUGCAGGGUUCUUAUUUUUAACUGAUUUUUAACAAUAGCCCGAUUUUACGGGUGCGUCGCGCAUGAAUUCAUGCUGCAAAACUAGGACAUAGGAGAAGAAGGUAUUGGCAUCGCCUAGUCAAUUUCUUAUUUAAAACUUAUAAAAAUAUUGUAAUAUUUUUUCUAGUGAAUUUUUAU